AUGGAUAAUGAAGUCGCCGUCGGAGGGGUCUUUGCUGGGAGUUCUCAUCCCUCCCGUUCCCGUCGUCGCUAUACAGGGAAGCGAGAUGUCGGAUUUGGCGGCCAAGCGAGCUGGAUUAGCAGCGUCAUCAACCUCCUGAACACAAUCGUGGGUGCCGGUGUCCUAGCCAUGCCUCAUGCUUUAUCACGGAUGGGAAUUACGCUGGGGAUCUUCGUGAUAUUGUGGUCGGGGCUGACCGCUGGCUUUGGACUGUACCUACAGACAAGAUGUGCAGAAUACUUGGAGCGAGGCUCCGCUUCUUUCUUUGCCUUGUCCCAGAUUACAUAUCCGAAUGCAUCUGUUAUUUUUGACGCUGCGAUUGCCAUCAAGUGCUUUGGUGUUGGUGUCAGCUAUCUGAUUAUCAUUGGUGACCUCAUGCCCGGAGUAGUGGAGGGAUUUGUCGGUGACACAACCAUGAGCUUUCUUUUAGACAGGCACUUCUGGGUGACUGCUUUCAUGCUGGUCAUCAUUCCAAUUUCGUUUCUGCGUCGACUAGAUUCGUUGAAAUAUACCAGCGUUGUGGCCCUAAUUUCGAUUGGCUACCUAGUUAUUCUCGUCGUUGCGCACUUCAUAAAGGGAGAUACAAUGGAAAACCGGAGUCCUAUCAGAUUUGUUGAAUGGGAGGGCAUAAUACCGACCUUGCGUGUCUUCCCCGUUAUUGUUUUUGCCUAUACUUGUCACCAGAAUAUGUUUUCUAUUCUUAACGAAAUUUCUAACAACAGUCAUUUCCGAACCACCAGUGUGAUCGCAGCCAGCAUCGGGACUGCCGCGUCCACCUAUAUUCUUGUUGCCAUUACAGGAUACCUAUCUUUCGGCGACGCCAUCCAAGGCAACAUCGUAGGAAUGUACGCCCCAUCUUUGAGUUCGAAUAUUGCCCGUGCUGCUAUUGUCCUCCUCGUGAUGUUUUCUUAUCCUUUGCAGAUGCACCCUUGCCGAGCAUCUGUCGACGCAGUCCUGAAAUGGCGCUGGAAUGGAAAAGGCUCAUCCGGCUCCUCGAAUGUUUCUCCGAACCGUAACCCUCUUUUACCUCGACCAAACAAGGAACCAGAUGGAAUGGGCGACACCCGCUUCGCCGCCAUCACUACUGUCAUUAUUGUGUUGAGCUAUAUCGUUGCUAUGACUGUUUCCUCCCUCGAGACUGUUCUUGCGUAUGUCGGUAGUACCGGAAGCACCAGCAUCAGCUUCAUUCUGCCUGGGCUUUUCUAUUAUAAAAUAUCCUCUCCAGAAUCCGCACUUCAUCAACGACUCAUGAAAGAGGAUGACGAAGCUUGUACAGAGGACCUGGGAAAUGAUUCUGACGACGAAACGGUUGCCGGAAGCGGUCUUCUUGGUGGGAGUGGACUUCUCUCUUCAAGCGGCAUCCUGAGACGCAGCACGAGACACUGGAAACGAGGCCUUCUUCGAAAACUCAGUCUUGCACUGGUGAUAUAUGGCUUUGUCGUGAUGACCGUUUGCCUCGUUACCAAUACCUUCUUCUUGACAUCUGGGAGAAAAUAG